CUCCUCCUCACAGCAUGAACUCGAGACGCAACAACCUGCAAUCUUCUCCAUCUAUUUAAACGCCCCAAAACCUACAUGUGCUAUCAAUCCAGUAGUUGCAGGCCAAGAAGAAGAUGAGCUUCUCCGUGACCAGAACGUCCCACUCCUUCGUCGCUCCACGCGAACCGACUCCCAACGAGACGCUCUCCCUCUCCAUCAUCGACCGCGUCGCCGGCCUCAGGCACAUGGUGCGGUCGCUCCAUGUGUUCCAGCACGGCGAGAAGCCGGCCGAGGUGAUCAAGGACGCACUGUCGAGGGUGCUGGUGAUGUACUACCCCUUCGCCGGCCGGUUCGUGGACUCCGAGCAAGGUGACGUGUGUGUUGCUUGCACCGGCGAGGGCGCCUGGUUUGUCGAGGCGUCCGCGAACUGUAGCCUCGAGGACGUGAAGUAUCUCGACCUCCCGCUCAUGAUCUCCAAGGAUGAGCUCUUUCCUGUGCCAAGCCCAGAGUUCGACCCCAUAAAUCUUCCUCUCAUGAUGCAGGUGACGGAGUUCAUCUGCGGCGGAUUCGUCGUCGGCCUCAUCUCCGUCCACACCAUCGCUGACGGCCUCGGUGCCGCCCAGUUCGUGAACGCCAUCGGUGAGGUUGCUCGGGGCCUUCCGAAGCCCAUCGUGGACCCGGUAUGGAUAAGGGAGGUCAUCCCCAGCCCUCCCAAGCUCCCUCCCGCUGGCCCACCGGUCUUCCCCGCCUUCAGGCUGCUCUACAACACCAUGGACGUCUCCCACGACGCCGUCAACCAGAUCAAGGCGCAGUACUUCGAGCUCACCGGCCACCGCUGCUCCACCUUCGACGUCGCGAUCGCGAAGCUGUGGCGGUCGCGCACCCGCGCCAUCAAGCUCGACCCCGAGGCCCACGUCCACCUCUGCUUCUUCGCCAACACCCGCCACCUGAUGCAGCAGCUGCUGCCCGCGGAAGGCGGGUUCUACGGAAACUGCUUCUACCCGGUGGCCGUCACCGCCCGCAGCGGCCACGUCGCUACCGCGGAGCUCGUCGACGUGGUGAACAUCAUCAGGAUCGCCAAGGCCGGUCUCCCCGGCAAGUUCGCCAAGUGGGCUGUGGGGGACUUCAAGGAGGAUCCCUACGAGCUCACCUUCACGUACGACUCGCUGUUCGUGUCGGACUGGACGCGAUUGGGCUUCCUUGACGUGGAUUACGGGUGGGGGAAGCCGCUCCACGUGAUACCCUUCGCUUACUUCGAUUUCAUGGCGGUCGGCAUCAUCGGGGCGCCGCCAACGCCCAAGAAGGGUACCCGAAUAAUGACGCAGUGCGUGGAGGAGGAGCACAUGGAAGCCUUCCUAGAAGAGAUGAAGUCUUCCGCAUAAAAGCAACAAGAAGACUCCAUGUUAUCCGUACAUCAUGUUGCAUAAGCAUGCUCAAAUUACCAUAGCUUAGAGAUCCAGUGGAGUGGUGAAUUAUGCAGGAUUGGAAUGGUUUAUUGUGAUUCAUGUAAGCAAGUGUUUUUGUUGUGCAAUAAAGGUUACUUCGACAAA